CUUCCUUUCAAUCAAUCUGUUUAUUUGACUAUGUACGUCUUAAUAACUUAUGAGUAAACCUAACAACAACAUAUUUUUCUGGUCUUAUUUUCAAAUAGUAAAUAUUUAGACAAGGUUUUAUAAUAUAAUAAAGAUGGCGCCAUAAGUGCAAGAAUUUCAUCUUGAACUCUAUUACUUCGUGUUCAGGCCUUCUACGAUAUGAAUUGAUUAAAUAAAAAUUAAAGACAAAAUUUAUUUAUUAGAAUUGGAGAAAAAAGAAGAAAUUACUGUUCUUUUUCUGUUUAUUUAGUAAUAAAAGAAAUAAUAAGAAAGUUUAAAAUAUAUACAAAAAAUACGAAGAUAGAGAAUAAAGAAAAGGGAUACAAGUUUUUAAUAAGAGAGAGCGAAUUCGAAUAGUGUAAUCUGAAGCCAAACGGCAUCAUCACACAGAGCAAUGGGAUUUAUUAAUCUAAAGAGUGAAAUUGCGUACAAGAGGAUAACUUUAAUCAGACACUGAAGAAUAAAUGAGGAAAAACAGAGAAGCACACUAUCGUUUGUCAUUUAAAAAGAAUGCUGAAAUCCGAACGAACGAUUAAAAUGGAGGAUAAUGGACAAAACUCAUCGAGAAAAUCGCAUUUUUAUCUAAAUCUUAUAUAUAAAAGGUUACAAGAAUUUGGUGAAUUGUUGAAAAGAAAUAGAACUGAAGAAAAAAUUUCAAUUUAUAAAUUAAAGAAAAAGGUUGAAAAAAUAUUAAAAAAUAGAUUUAAUUCUUAUAAUAAAGUUCACGAAUACGUUCAAAACGAAUUAAAAGCCAUUGAACAGAAAGAUAUAAAAUCUUUAACAUUUGGUCAAUUUUCUUAUAUACUAUCGGAAUUGGAAGAAGGAAUAACAAAAAUAUCGAACGCGUCAAUAAUUUCGGAUAAAAAACAAAAUGAAGAUUUAAAGGCAAUAAAGAAGAUGGAAAAGUUUGUAUUCCUGGGCGGAAGUUGUGGAAUUACAACAUGGAGGAAUGAUGUUAUUAAAAAUUUAGAAAAGAAUAAAAUUAAUUACUAUAAUCCAUUGAAAUCUGAUUGGACAAUCGAAUGUAUGGAAGAGGAAUGUAAAGCAAAAGAGAGUGCUUUUGUAAAUUUUUUUGCAAUAAAAAAUAACUCGCGAGGAAUAGCUAGCAUCUAUGAAUCAGCCUAUCUUCUUGGUAAGAGAAAGAAUGUUAUCCUUGUAUUAGAAGAUAUGAAGAAUGGUGCAAAUGAGCACCGAAUAGAUAAUCAAUGCCUCAAAGAUACAGAAUACGAGGAACUAAAACAGGCUAGACGUUACCUCGCGUACUUGUACGAAAGACAAGGUUAUCCCGUCUAUAAGAACGAAAACCAGGCAAUAUUACAUUUGGAAAGUAUAAUCGAAGAGUAUCCUGAAUUAUUCGACAGAUCUACAAAGAAAAGAAUUCAAUUAUCAAAUGACAAUAUCAUUGAUAAACUCGAAAAACUUACAGAUUCAAUAACAGCAAUUAUAGAAGAAAAGAAAUUAUUGAAUUUUACUGAUUUAGAAGAGUUUUAUGAUAAUUAUUACAAUUGUAAUUUGCCAUUUUGGGCUCGUAAUAAUCUUGAAUCGUUCAAAUGUUCAACAGUCGACGAGUGUUUAUGCUUUUUAAGCGAAUUUCGCAGCUAUAACAAGCAAAAAUUGAUAAGAAUGCUUAAAGGUGAACUUACUCUUACAAAGACGGAUGAAAGAGAUAAUUAUAGAAUAUUCUAUGAUUUGAAAAGGAAACAAAUGAAAAAAAUGAAUAUCAAAAGAAAUUUAUCGUUCUCCUACAAAAUUGGAUCAUUUCCCUUAAUAAAAGAGGAUUUCAGCUUUUUAAAUGAUAUUUACUGUAUUGGGUCUAGUUUAGGAUAUUCAAAGAAAAUUAAUUAUCUUCUAAAUCAAUUUAAAAAUGAUAUGGUUAUGGGAAACCAGAAAAUCAAAAUGUUCAAAAAUCAUUCCUGGUCAAACGAUAGAUAUAAUAGGAAAGAAGAAGCUGAGAAACUUCGUAGUAAAGUCCUGUUCUUUCUAUUCGGUGAGGAUUGUAGAGGAAUUCUUACUGGUGUAGAAGCUGCCUUUUUCAUAGGAAUUGGAAAAUUCGUAAUUGUUCACUCAGAAAGUUUCAAAAUAGAUAAUAAAGAUAAAAUCAGCGAAAGAGAAUUUAAAGACUAUAAUAACGCUAGGAAAUACUUAAUGGAAAUGUUCUCUAAUCAGCGAUUUUUUAAUGAGCCUAAUGAAGUUAUCACUAACUAUAUUAACAAGAAAUCAAAGACAGUUCAAGAUUCUUUAACAUUAUUACUUAAUUUGCAAAAAAUGGGAAUAUUUUCGAAACAUACAGAUAAUAUAACAAAGGAAAACCUUCGUGAAACGAUCUCAAAGGAUAAUAAAGAAAAGCUUAUAGGUUGCCUGCAGAAGAGGGGUUGAAGGAAAAUUGAUAAAACAUUUAAAAAUAUAUAUAUAUAUAAUAUAUAGUAUAUAAAAUCCUGAUUAUAAGCUUCUCACUCCUGCACCGAACUGCUAAUAUAAUAUCCCGUUGAAAUCUUCCUAUCCUCCUUCAGUCUUUUAUCAUGCAGAAACAGAUGAAUAUAAAAAAAAUAAAUUUCUAUUAUACAGUAAAAACCAUAUAUUUUAUAUAUAUAUAUAUUAAUAUAUGUAUAUUAUAUAUGUAUAUAUAACUCUAAUAAUAACCCCGCUAAUAUCAAAUAAAAAGAAUUUUUAGACUUUGAUUUUACUAUUUUUUUUUUAAUAUUAUUAUUUUUAUUAAUUUAUGAUAAUUUCUACAUUUUUAUAUUCUUCUUUAUACUUUAUAUAUCUCGUGCAAACCCAUCUUAGAUAACAAAAAUUUAUAAAUUAUCUCCCUAUUCAAUUCGUGUCACAACUGAUAAUAUUCGUGUUUUUUUUUUCUUUUUUUUUCAAUCAUAUCUCUGUUCCUUUGAUUUAAAUUCUUUGAUAAUACAUAACAUAAAGAUGGAGGUAUAUAAUUAAUAUACAUCUAAUUGUUUUUG